GCUCUCUUGCCCACAAAGGGACAGUUUUGGAGGGCAAAGCAAAGCAAAAAGGCGUUCAUAAAUUUUGGACAAGGACCACCCCACCAUCCCUCCCUGCUCUUUGCGACAGUGAAAACCAGAGGCCUCCGCUUCUGGGUUUUACUCCCUGCAACUCUCUCUUGCUCUGUUUGUUUCCUGGGGAAGUUCUGUAUCCAUGGGUGGGAGAGGAUUGCAGGGAGUUGAACGCAAUGGGGAUGUGUUAUUCUCCACUUCUGGACUUGGGUUCCAGUGGAGUCCCCAGGAGAAUUGUUUUCACCCGGGUGGCUUAUUCGCAAGUGUGGGUCAGGCGGGAAUGGGGUUUGGGAUUUCUCCCAAUUCUCAUGACAAUGGCUCAAGGCCUCCAUUCGCUAACAUGUACACCAAGUAUGCCUUGGUGCAGGAAUCUGGGUAUAAGAUUGUUGAGGUUCCAGAGUUGGGAGUGGGUGAGAUUGCAGAGGAGGAGAUAGUGACGAAGAAGAAGAAGAAGAGGGGUGCUGUGAAAUUGAAGAUUAAGAUUGGGAAUCCGUCUCUAAGGAGGUUGAUCAGUGGGGCAAUUGCGGGUGCGGUGUCGAGGACGGCCGUUGCUCCAUUAGAGACUAUAAGGACUCAUUUGAUGGUAGGGAGUUGUGGAAACUCAACAGGUGAAGUGUUUCAGAAUAUCAUGAAGAAUGAUGGAUGGAAGGGCCUGUUCAGGGGUAAUUUCGUUAAUGUUAUCCGUGUUGCGCCCAGCAGGGCCAUUGAGUUAUUUGCUUAUGAUACAGUGAAGAAGCACUUGACGCCUAACCCUGGGGAACAGCCUAAACUUCCUUUUCCUGCAUCACCUAUUGCAGGUGCCAUUGCUGGAGUUAGCUCUACUUUAUGUACGUACCCGCUUGAGUUACUCAAAACCAGACUAACCGUGCAGAGAGGUGUGUACAAAAAUCUUUUAGACGCAUUCCUUACGAUCAUGAGAGAUGAGGGACCUGCAGAACUUUACAGAGGCCUGACCCCCAGUCUAAUUGGAGUAAUCCCAUAUGCUGCGACCAAUUACUUUGCCUAUGAUACAUUUCGGAGAGCUUACAAGAAAGCUUCUAAUCAGGAGGAAAUUGGAAACAUCAUGACCCUCUUAAUUGGAUCAGCAGCUGGUGCUAUUUCAAGUAGUGCAACUUUCCCACUUGAGGUUGCUCGAAAGCAUAUGCAGGCUGGAGCUCUCAAUGGGAGACAGUACCAAAACGUACUACAUGCUCUUGCAAGCAUACUUGAAACGGAAGGGCUCCCUGGUCUGUAUAGAGGGUUGGGCCCAAGCUGCAUGAAACUGGUACCCGCUGCUGGGAUUUCUUUUAUGUGCUACGAGGCGUGCAAGAGGAUCCUGAUCGAGAAAGAAGAUGAUCGAUAGCGCAUUUUCGAUGAGUAAAAAAUUGAUAUUUUUAUUCAAUGGAAUAAAUGGUUUUGCGUACAUAUUCAGCCCCUUUGAUCAGAAAAGGGCAAAACCAAGACACGCUGAUGGGGGCAUUUGUUUAAUCCAUUGCAUCCUUAUGUUUUUCAUUUUAAUUUAGGCUUUGGCCUAAACAUCCUUGUUUCUGGGAUGAGACAUGAAGUGGGAUUUGGGCAUUCAAGUGUCAUUAGUUCGAUGCAUUUUAUUUUUUUAUUAUUUUAGAGAGGAUAAGUUUGUAAGAUGAUGUGUUGUAGACUGUCAUGCUCAUCGACUGGUUGGUGGGCGGCUGGCAACGAAAAUGCAAUUCUGGAGUGCCCUUUUUGUGUUUGC